AUGUCGUUGCAAGAUUUUUGUCGUGGGAUUCCCAAAGUCGAGUUACAUUGCCAUCUUUACGGUACCAUUUGCAAAGAAACGCUUACGGAGCUGAACGAAAGAGCAGGCCGGCCGUUUACCCUGCGACAAGUAGACGGAUUUUACAUUCGAGGCGACAAACCGGUUGGUGUACUUUCUAUAUUUCGUGGCCUUGAGAGUCAAUUGAUUACGUCAGCACGCGACCUGUACCGUAUCACGUGCGAAUACUUAGAGCGGUGCAAGCUUCACAACGUCGUAUACAGCGAGUUUUUCUGGAAUCCAACCGGUACCGUUCUAGAUGCCAAGAUACCGUUCCAGGAUGCACAGGAUGCAAUCCUGAAGGCUGUGGAUGAGAUUGAAAAGUCUUGUGGGGUGGUGGGCAGACUGGUGUGUGCAAUUGACCGUGAAGCUUCGCCGGAAAAAGCCGAAAUGAUGCUGGAUUGGAUGCUACAGUAUCCGGCGGCCAAAACUAUCGGAAUCGGGAUCGAUUACCGCGAAACGGGCCAUCCACCACAUCUGUUUGCAGAAACGUUUAAAAAAGCUAAACAAAACGGGUACAAGCUGACGGCACACGCCGGUGAGUUCGGAGAACCUUGGAACAACGUCGAUUUCGUACUCAACGACUUACAGGUGGACAGAAUCGAUCAUGGCUACACGGUGAUCGACAAUCCGGCUCUUGUACAACAGUGUCUCGACGAAAAUGUGAUCUUUACCGUGGUCCCUACCAACUCAUACUAUCUUCGCACACUGGAUCCGGCCGAGUGGGCACAGAAACACCCAAUUCGCAAAAUGGUCCAAUUGGGGCUCAAAGUGCAUCCAAACACGGACGAUCCUGCAUUCCAUCUUGUUAACCCGACAACUGCGUGGACAAUGAUGGUCGAGUGUUUCGGAUGCACGAUCGAUGAUCUGGGCCGAUUUUGCCAAAAUGGCAUUGAGGGUGCAUGGGUGGAUUCCGAAACCAAACAGAAAUGGAGGCGCGACUGGCUCAAGUAUUUCGGACCUGCAGAUAAUCCCUUUUGA